CUGCUACAACAUCGUCAAUUGCUAGGCCCUUGAUCCUCUCAGUUCGGCUUCGUAUGGCCGUCGUAUUGCCAAGCCACUUCAGGCACAAAGAGGAAGCCAAACACCGCGAUCAGGCCGAUGCAGGUACGCACAGCCACACACACCUACAAGUAGCGGACAAAGCCACACGACCAACCACAUCAUAAGCGCCAUUUCAGGGUGGUCGUUACCGGCCUCGUUCUCAGCGCCUCUCUCCUCUAUUCUGGCAUACCCGAAGACCUGCUGCCGAUCUCUGCGACCACGGAAACGCACCACUCAUCGUCCGAAAGGCAUCAAAUCGCAUCGCCAUGAGCCUCGACCCUGCCCUCUUCACCUUGCACUUCCUUCCUCGGCAAGACUCGCCCUCGAUUACAGACCUCUCCUCUAUCAUCCCGGAUGCCACUUCUAAAACAUUCACCCCGACAUAUACCCUCUCACGGGCAAUCCGAUCUCCAAAGUACCAGAACACACUCCUAGAUGGCCUGACAUACACUGAGCUCGGUUCCGUCUCCGCCUCCUCUACCAGCGAGAAGUGCAAGUCCCUCAAGCUCUUCAACCCGGAUCAGGACAAUGAGGUCAGAAAAGCAGGAGCAAUGCUGCGGACCGAAUGGCAAUUUGCCUGGCAAGGAGAGAAGCUAGCCAUCAGCAAAGAAUUGGCCAUCGGAGUGGGGAAUGGCAAAGGGAGCUAUGAUGUUGAGAUCAUUCGCAAGCCUGACCCGCCCAUCAAAAUUGCCAUCUACAGACCAGAGUCAAAGAAGAUGUCUGCUUUUCUACAAGUCUUCGACUACAACAUCGAUCGCUGCGAAGCAAUUACCGACAAGAGGGGCCUGGAGCAUACUCUCAUAUUAGCCAUCGCAUCAUGUUUGGAUACCGAGUACGAUGAGAGGCAUCGCACUCCAGACGACAAUGUCUUCUUGUCCCUAGUCGGUGCAGCGCCUACCAGCCCUUCCCAAGGUGGCAUGACAGGCAUGCCAACAUCCGGGCCGCUGGAGCCCAACGAGGUUGUCAUCACCCCCCUCGUCGAGCCUGCUCACGUCGUGGAGCAUUGCCUCAAUCUGCUUAAGAGCGGAAUGGAUGGAGCGGACCCCAGAGGGCUCAAAGCGGCCACCGUGGGCCAAAACCUCGAGCUGGUCGUGAUCAAGGCAGUUGGCGAGGAGAUGGCCAAGCGCGCCAUCGGGAUCGCCGAGAGAGUCAAAGUGGGGUUCUACCGUCUGCCAGACUCGCGGAAGGGCAAGCUCUGGGAUGGGACUGUGCCAGCUGAGCUCUACCAGUAUGUCCGGACCAGCGAGCUCAAAGCCCAAGACAGACCCGAGGGAAGCAAGCCUCCGGUCCCCGAACGCCCGCCUGCACCACCGUCAUCAGGAGCUCGCCCCCGUAUCAAGCUAGGCGGUGGACAUUCACCUGAGCCAACGAGUACACCGCAACCACCUGCUUCACCUCUGCCGGCCAAGACACCACCCUUGCUGACCGACAUCACCAUCUUUCUAUCCAAGACGAAGCUGGAGGAGUUUGAAGCGGAAAGAUCUCAACAGGCAAGACUGUACGAAGAGGAGCAGAGUAGACGGUUGGCUGAGAGGCUCCAAAAGGAGCAAGUACGUCAGGAAGAGAGCCCCGCGAGCUCUCGCACGAAGGGACAGGCCAGCAGAAGGCCAAUGUCGGGGGGACAGAAUUCGCCUGACGCUACUAGACUGAAGCCAUCAGCGCACAGAAACGGAAGGCCAACAUCUGCAGGAGGAUCUUCAGAACCUAGGAAUGGAGUGAAUGCACCGCAGGAUGAUCCGAGGAAUCCGGAAUCGGCUCACAGUCACGAUGAAGCUUUAUCACCAAACGGUACCCUCCGUCACGGGUUUGGAUCGUGUCAGAAUCUCACAAGACACGCAACUUGGUCCUCUCGUCCCACCCAUCCUACCGGAUACACGGUCUCGUAUCCCGCGGCUACGAACCACGCUCAGAGAGACUCGCCUCACACGGCUCUUCAAUCGAGUGCACGUGACGCACGUCCCGCAUCCUUCUUCCUCCCCCUUCAAGACGACUCCACCCUCGUCAAGGUGAAGACGCCCAAGGUCACUGAGCGUCCUGUCGUUGUCGUUGAAGACUCGCGUAUCCCUCCUGCUACGACUGCUGCUGACGCUCAAUCGGAUGCGAGUGCAAGUGAAGCAGGCGCGACCACCGACCGAGACGACGCCGAAGAUAUCGAAAGUCUGUGCGAAGCUGAAUGCGGUUCGUGGUAUGGCUCUGAAUGCUCCUUCUCAUCCGAGGCCACGGGUCCACCUCUGGAGAGUGAACAGGACCCUUUGCGGGCGAGAGGCAACAACAGUAAAAAGAGCCCUACUAGCAGGGUGCUUUCCAAUCUACCUCCGCCGAUCCUGGCCAGAGGCACACAGCCAAGCAAGGAGAGAGCAACGGGAAAGGAGGAGAGGCCAAGAGCAGGAGCGAAAGCAGGAGCAGGUAGGUGGAGCUCUACGCCGAUUAGGGAUUUGCAUGAGCAGUGGGCUGCUGAUUUCAGAGGUGGUGGUGGCGCGAUGAGCAGGAAGAAGCGGGGAGUGGAGAAGAAGAAAGAGAAGGUCAGGCUCAGUCCAGCUUAGGACUGCUUUGAUAAACUUGUAUAUAGCUUAGAAUCUGCCAGACCUAUAGGUUGCACCUUCCCCUUGAUCUUGGCGUAGCCUUACUUGGCUGCCAAUCUAUUGCCUUGAAUCGCG